AUCGCUGCCGGAGGAGCGCGCGGGCGCGAGCGAGCGACCGAGGGAGGGAAGGGAGGAAGCGAGGGAAGAGGGCGUGCGGCCGCGGGGUCCCGAAGCCAGGCAGCGGCGGCAGGAGGGCGCCAGGGCCGUCGAGUGGGCUCAGGAGGGGCGUGCACCGGGCGGCCGGCGCUGGCUCCCGCGGGCGGGAGACCGGAGAGGAGGAGGAGGAGGGGGUCGCCGCGGCGCGGCAGUCCGCGCAGCUCCCGGGUCGGGGUCUCCUCCCGGCGCCUCGGUCGCCCUCGGGGCCCCGCUCCCCGCCCCCCGCGGUAUGUCUUGAUCGCGAGCAGCGGGUUUCAUGGGGCUCCUCAGGAUUAUGAUGCCGCCCAAGUUGCAGCUGCUGGCGGUGGUGGCCUUCGCGGUGGCGAUGCUCUUCUUGGAGAACCAGAUCCAGAAGCUGGAGGAGUCCCGGGCGAAGCUAGAAAGGGCAAUUGCAAGACAUGAAGUACGAGAAAUUGAGCAGCGACAUACAAUGGACGGCCCUCGGCAGGAUGCAGCUUUGGAUGAAGAAGAGGAUAUCGUCAUCAUUUAUAAUAGAGUUCCCAAAACUGCGAGCACCUCGUUCACCAAUAUCGCCUAUGACUUGUGUGCAAAGAAUAGAUACCAUGUUCUUCAUAUCAACACUACCAAAAAUAACCCAGUAAUGUCAUUGCAAGAUCAGGUACGCUUUGUAAAGAAUAUAACCACCUGGAACGAGAUGAAGCCAGGCUUCUACCAUGGACACAUUUCUUAUUUGGAUUUUUCAAAAUUCGGUGUGAAGAAGAAGCCAAUUUAUAUUAACGUCAUCAGGGACCCUAUCGAGAGGCUAGUUUCCUACUAUUACUUUCUGAGGUUUGGAGAUGAUUACAGACCAGGAUUGAGGAGACGGAAACAAGGAGACAAAAAGACCUUUGAUGAAUGCGUGGCGGAAGGCGGCUCCGACUGUGCCCCAGAGAAGCUCUGGCUGCAGAUCCCCUUCUUCUGUGGCCACAGCUCCGAAUGCUGGAAUGUGGGGAGCAGAUGGGCCAUGGAUCAAGCUAAGUACAACCUAAUUAAUGAGUACUUCCUGGUGGGGGUUACUGAAGAGCUCGAAGACUUCAUCAUGUUACUGGAGGCAGCUUUGCCCCGGUUUUUCAGGGGUGCUACAGACCUCUACCGAACAGUAGGAAAGAAAUCUCACCUUAGGAAGACCACAGAGAAGAAACUGCCCACAAAGCAAACCAUCGCGAAGCUGCAGCAGUCUGACAUUUGGAAAAUGGAGAACGAGUUCUAUGAGUUUGCACUGGAACAGUUCCAGUUCACCAGAGCCCAUGCCGUCCGUGAGAAAGAUGGAGACCUCUACAUCCUGGCCCAGAACUUUUUCUAUGAAAAGAUCUAUCCUAAGUCGAACUGAGCGCAGCCGUGGCCAGAGCCUUCCAAACCCGAACUUGACUCUGGCGUAUUCCGUGCUCCCAGCUUCCACCUGCUGCUGUGUGUGCGAGCCUGGUCGCUGACCUGCACUGGGGAGCAGACAUGAAUGUCAAGAAACAUCCUGGCUGGGAUGUCGGCCUUAUAAGGAGUGCUUACGUUUCAGGCAUUUUUCUCUUUGUUUUCAUUUUCACGAUAGUUAUUAUCUCCUCCUGGUUGCAGUGUGGGGGACCUGGCAUUGCCUACAAUACACACAUGCAAACACACAUGCAAGUUAGCCAGAAGGCUGAAUUCCACUUCAGAAGAGGUUCUGAUUCUCUUGCUUUCAAUAAGCAUUUCUUUACCUCUUCUUGAAUGAAGAUGAACCCAUUUGCCACUCCCCUUCUGGAAGUUUGUGUGCACAGCUGUGCUGGAUAGUGCUAAGAAGUGUUUGACAGUUUUUGUUUUUGCGAAUCAUGUUUAAGAAAGGCUAUUGCAGUGUUUGAUCAUGUUUUCUCAGAACUAUUUCUGCUACAGUUAGGUUUGCCCAUAUUUAUAUAGGCUUUUAUUUUAUUUUAUGAUCGUUAGUAUUAAAAAAAAUCAACUUAAAACCAUUAAUAAUAUUGUAAAAAGAUAAAGGAGUUAAAGCAGUAUUCCUGAUUCCUAUCUCCCCAGUAUCUAAUAUUGGGGUGAUACUUAUAAGAAUGUUGACAACAUUAUCUGAGGCUUUCUUAAGGAUUUCCACACAUUAUCCAAAAAAAAAGUUUAGUAUUUGUUUCUCCAUGGCUUAUCUGUAACCCUGUCCACUGAAAUAUCAGUGAUUCCAUAUGGCGACUCCCAUCUGUGAGCUGUGAUAUGGGUAGGAUUUUCCUACUUCUGUACUUUUACCUGUAGACUAUUUUUACUAUGGUGCUUUAUAAUGUGUUUUAAAGCAUUGCAUUUACAAAAGAAAAAAAUGAAAAGGCUGUAAAUAUUGCAUAUUUUAUGUAUUUGGACCAAAAAGUUACAAGUAAGUAGACAAAAGUGGUUUUGCACCAAUUUUAUUAUGUCAAGUAAAGUCAUCAGACCUACUAUUCUUGUAUUUGUCAUUUAAAUUACUGUUAUGAUGUCACGGAAACGAACUAACGUAGCCUUUCAAUUUUGAUAGAAAACAUUACUCACCCUGAGGCAAUAGUGAUAAUGGAAAAAAUACUGGACAGAGUCUAAGGGUUUGACUGCUGGUUCCAGCUCUGUACCUUCCUGCUGUGUGAUGUUAGGCAAGUCACUUACCCUGUUUGCCUCAAUUUCCACAUCUUGAGAUUAGGAUACUAAUACCCGCGGGACCUACCUCACAGGGCUGUUGUGAGGACUAAGUAAGAUGGCGUGGAUGAGAGCACUUUGAAACUGUCAAGUGGUGUUUAAAUAUAAGGUGUUGUGAUAGAGGUCUCUCUAACAUAGUUUCAUACUGCCCAUCCUUUUAACAACAAAAAGGGAAAAUCCACUUUUAAGCUUUAUAAGAAAAAAAACCCUUUACCUUGAUAUAAAUUUGUGUUUGAUAAAUA